AUGUCUAACAGAGUGAUUCAAAUAAACAGCUUAGCUAAGGAGUUGAAGUCGCAUUUGAAGCAAUUCCCCAAUUUCCCUGAGAAAGGUGUUCUUUUUGAAGAUUUUUUACCCAUAUUUCAGGAUCCAGGUUUAUUUAAUAAAUUGAUCACGGCAUUCAAAUUACACGUUGGGGACACAAAAGUGGAUUAUGUUAUUGGGUUAGAAAGCAGAGGGUUUUUGUUUGGUCCAACGUUGGCCUUAGCCUUAAAUGCUGGUUUUAUACCAGUACGCAAACCGGGAAAAUUGCCAGGACCAACUUAUAAAGUUGAAUUUCAAAAAGAGUACGGGUCUGAUGUUUUUGAAAUGCAAAAGCAUAUUAUCCCAGAAGGCGCCAAUGUUUUAAUCGUUGACGAUAUUUUGGCUACUGGUGGCUCUGCGUUUGGUGCUGGCGAAUUGGCUCAAAAAGCUGGUGCUAACAUUGUCGAGUUUUUGUUUGUAAUGGAGUUGGAUUUUUUGAAAGGAAGAAACAGGUUACAUGCACCGGUUUUUACAUUGUUUGCGGGACAAGAGGAACAGUUAAAGAGUUAA